AACAGUCAGAUGGCGACGAAGAAGAGAGGAAGAUCGCCCCAAGUGCUCCGCUUAUUUGUCCACCUCGCGACGCAAGGCAGCACCUAACACCGUCCUCGUUUCCGACUGUUUCCGAUCACGACGGGGGCGUAUGUACCACCUACCGCGUUUCCCCGCAGUCAUCGCCGCACGCCACCGUUUGCACGCUGCACGCGAGUUUCGGCGAUUUCUGCGGGAAUUCGCGACGCACCCGGACCUGAUGGACGAAGUUCUCGAGAGCUGGGAGCAGAUAGAGGAGACCGGCGCACUCGACAAAAGACUGGAGGCCCUUCGGUUGAACACAGUAGAGGAAGAGAUAGAAUCUAGGACCAGCCAUGACACGAGCAGAAAGAUAAUCAUAUUAGGGGAAGACGGUAUCAGAUCUCAGUACGUACCUCCAAAGCCCAUGGUGAAGAUAUUAAAGAGACCGACCGCGGACUCGCGGGGCAGCGGCGACGGUCCAUUAAACGACGACAAGCCCAAGCAACCUAUCAAAUCUCUGAAACAGCGUGAGCAAGAAUAUGCGGAGGCACGCAGGAGGAUCCUAGGGGAAGAGAAGAGUCCAGAGGAGAAGACUGCACAGGAAAUCAACAAAAUCCAGGCAAAAUCGAGCGCACCGAACGGCAAUAAUUUCCCCAGUAACGUUGUUCGCAUGCCUGCUGGCCCAGACGGCACCCGAGGCUUUAAUGUACGCAGGUAGCGCGUCUUCCGAUUAACUCUACCCAUCCUCUUCCUCUCCUUCCUAUUCGCUGCCACGGGGAAGGAGAACGGCUAUGAGGCCGUUGAGAUGGCAUAGCUUCGCACUUCCAUCCAAAGCGAACAAGACAUUCUCGAAGCUGCGUUCUACGACUCGUCACCACGCAUGGACUCAGCCUAGCAAGAAUCGAGAGAAAAAGGACUUAUUCGAGCGAAAACGAAAUGCCAAUAUCACGCUGCAUUCUGUUGCAAUGCUCUUAUAUAGUUAAUGAGAAGAUGGAAAAGGGAAAAAUAAUUAUGUUUAUAUACGUAUAUAUAUUUAUAUGUAUAUGCACAUGCAGGUAUAAUUAUUUUUCUACUUAUAUAUACAAUCGGAAUUGCAAUUUGGACAAUGCAAUAGGACGAAAGUGUGGAUUUGUUAUAAAUCAAGAAAAUGAACUGCUUCAAUUGUAUAAUAACUUGUAUAAUACGACGCAUCUAAUGGAAGUGUAAUAAGUAUCUUUGGACUGUGUAAUAAAAAAGACUGUAUAUAUUACGCGUAUAUACAGUGCCUGUAUAUAUACACAUAUAUUAUAUUCAUGUACACAAGUGACAAUUGUACGCGAUAUGUGAAACGUUUUGUUAUUAAAUCAAAGAUACUUUUAAACAGAGAUACUCUUCAUUGAUUCAUACACUUAUAUUUAAUUUCAUACUACUGUUGCAUUAAGAGAGAUAUUUUUAAGAAUAAUAUGAUUAAUUGUUAAUUGUUAAUCUGUUUAAACUAAGUAUUUAUAUUUUAAUAGUAUAAAUGUUAUACAGAGUGUACCAGAUCAUUUGUGCCACCCUUUUUUCUUGACACACUGAAUGAUUCAUCUGAACUAUCUAAUGAUGACACAUUGGUUUUUCGAAUAAUAUAUGUAUAGGGUCGUUGGAUCAGAAAUUUAAAUGAUAACAUAAAUUGUAUAUUGGCUAGGUCUUUUAAAAACAAAUAACUUUUUGCUUAAACUUGUCUUGAUUAUUUGGUUUACGAGGAAAAUAAGGACAUGUCAUUAUGAAUAAAGUACUGUAGAAAUGCGGCGAAAGUGUUUGUAAGUUUCCGAUACUUUAAGCAUAUGUUCGCAUUUUUUUUAAAUACCCUGUUGAUCAGUGUGCGUCGUCAAACGUUCUUAUGGAUGGUACGGGUGAUCUGGUUCAAUCAUGGGUGUCUCGAGUUUGAUCACUUUUUUUUAUCUAUUCAAGGUCUUUUAAAAAAUCUCUAAAAGUUCAUGAACACCUUCAAGUUUCUAGUACAAAUGUUUGUACUUUUUUUUUUGAUAAAAAAUAAAAAUGUAUCUAUAAUUUAUUAUCCUUGAAAGAGAGGUAUUUUUACGAAAAGGCCUGUUUUUGUUAUGUUCAGGAAAAAUAAUGGGCGGUUUCAGUCUUGAUCUUCAGUCUUAAUUUUAAUCUUAGUUUUAGAAAUUGACCAAUUAUAAUCAAUUUAUAGAAAAAUAAUCGACUAUGAUUGCUCAAUUUCUAAGAUUAAGAUUAAGACCGAAGCAUAAACCGACCAUAAAACAAAUAUCAUUUCUUAGAAUUUUUGAAUCGAGGAAUUAGACCUUUUUUUUCGUAAUAUUUUCUUCUUUUGAGAAAAGAUCAAAGAUCAAGGGUUGGUUAAAUAACUCAUUUUAAAUAAAACUUAUUUAAAAAUAUAAACUAAAUUAACUUCAAAUAAAAAAUAUAAACUAUAGAUGAUAGAAACUUAUUUAAAAUGUUUCUUGACUUUUAUCUUUUUUAUUUUCAAUAUGUCGAUUUAAUUUAUCUUAAAUAAGUUCCAGAUAAGUAUUCAACUUAUCCCUGUCAAGGACAAAAAUUGGUUGAACACGGAAUACCCAUGAUUGAGCCUUAAAGAUUGAAAAUUAUUUAAAUAAAAGUUUUGUCAUUUCCCAAA